AUGCAUGUUAUGAGCAGCCUGUCGCCGACCAAUGAGACAGAAAGCUUCAGCAGCGACGGCAGCAGCGCCACUACCACAGCCAGCACCCCCACAAACUCUGAUUCCUCCCAUAUGUCGGACCUCACCACCUCCCCUCCCACUGUCCCCUCCACCCCCUUCCCCAGUGAGCCCCCCUUGCACCCCGCUGCUCCACCCCACUGUGAUGCCCCACCCCCACCCCCGCCCCCCAAUGCCCCUCCGCCCCCUCCCCCACCACCGACUUCCCUCUCUUGCCACGGCGUGCGGAAGAAGCGGCGGGUGCGGAGCUUCUUCUGGAAACCCAUCCCGGAGGAGAAGGUGCGGGGGAAGCCUAACAUCUGGACAAUGGCAGUGCGCUGCCAGCAACAGUAUCAGAUUGAUGUGCGCUCCGUGGAGGAGCUUUUUGGCCAGCAGGAGGAGGUGCAGGGCCGUGGGGUUGCUCCGGCCACUGGUGGUCUCUCCUCAACCGGUAUCACCAGGUCAAGAUCCUUCAAAGAGAACAAGGAUGAGAUCAGUAUCCUGGACUCCAAGCGGGGCAUGAAUGUGGGCAUUUUCCUCAAGCAGUUCAAGAAGUCCAAUCACUCCAUUGUGGAGGACAUCCGCCAAGGAGACGGCAAGCUGUACGGAGCCGAGCUCCUCAAAGAUCUGCUCAAACUCCUGCCUGAGUCUGAAGAGGUAAAGAAACUGAGGGCAUUUAAAGGCGACCCCAGCAAACUGACCCUGGCAGACUCCUUCAUGUACCUGUUGAUUCAGGUGCCACGGUUUGAAGUACGCGUCGAGGCCAUGGUCCUCCGCGAGGAGUUCUUCCCGUCCUGUUCCGUGAUGAGCCGCGAGAUCGAUGUCAUACGUGUGGCCACCAAAGAGCUGAUGACCUGUGAGGAGCUACAUGCCAUCCUUCACCUAGUCCUGCAGGCUGGCAACAUCAUGAACGCUGGCGGCUACGCAGGCAACGCCGUAGGCUUCAAGCUUUCAUCGCUCCUUUCACUGGCUGACACAAAGGCCAACAAACCAGGCAUGAAUCUGCUGCAUUUUGUGGCUCUAGAGGCACAAAAGAAGGACGAGAAACUGCUCAAGUUCCCUGAGAAACUUGCAGACAUCCAGAGUGCUUCCAGAAUAUCAGUGGAGAACAUCGAGCUGGAGUUCUCAUCCCUCUAUGUCAGGACCCGAUCCCUGGAGGAGAAGGUCCAAAACGAUGCGGAACUCCUAGAGCAGCUGGACCCCUUCCUGCAGAGCUCAACAAAAACCCUGCAGGACCUAAAGAGGCGCAGGCUGGACCUGCGGAAGGAGGGCAACGCACUCAUCGACUUCUUCUGUGAAGACAAGGAAACUUUCAAACUGGAUGAGUGCUUCCGUAUCUUCCAGGACUUCUGUCUCAAGUUCAAAAAGGCUGUCAAGGAUAAUCUAGAGCGGGACCUGAAGGAAGCAGCCAGGCAGCGGCGUCUAAGAGAACUGGAGGAGAAACGUUUCGCCUGGGCUGCAGACAAGCAGCAGGCCACCAGCGGUGGUAACGGAAGCUUUGGCCGCAGCAGCAGUGAGAAUGAUGUGGAUAUGCUAACCAAGGAAGGCCUUCUAGACUUCCUCCAACAGCGUCCUGCCAGCCCCCACAGCCCCCUGGGCCGUUCAGCCAGUGCCCGCCGCCACCGCCACACAAUGGCUGCCAUGGCUGACCGCGAACUACAUGGCUACCUGGAGCUGUUUGGUGGCGGAGCAGCGCUGACAGCCGACUACGCCACCAAGUUCAACAGUCUUCCACGAUCAAGCCGCACCAUCCAACGAAGGACCGCCGACUGGCUUGUAUCGCAGAACGACAGCCUUGAGCUAGGAAGUGGGCGGCAGAUCUUGGCCACAUCCCCUCGUACUGAGAGUGAGCCUAUCAGCCCCUUGGCCAUGUACUCAUCCACAGGCUUUGAUGCCAAUGAGGACCCAUGUAAAAAUAUGAAUCACUACACGACCGUGUCCGAGGGGAGCGUCCUGCCUCGCUCAUGCCCCAACCAUAACGUCUUUCAGAAAACGGCCUCUCCUGUCGUGAAUGUCACGGCAAACAUGAACAUCAGCGUGGAGAGGCACACAUUAGUCCCAGGACUUCAACCGUUUGACCUUCCCAGUCCAAAUAAUAACACUAAUACCAUGCACUUUGUCAACCACAGAGACGUGGUUCUGACAGACUUGGAAAUGGAGAAGGAACCUCCAAAAACAAUCAUUUUGGAUACCCCACCUCCUUGUUUGGAGAGAGGAACAGAGCCCAAGGCGGCAUGGGAGGGUAAAAUGUCUCCGUUUGUGGUGGCCUCUCUUCAAAAGGAGGAAGAGGAAGACAGCAGCACCAUCUCCUCCACCACCUGCGACACACCCCUCCCUCUUGACCCCUCUGUGUCCAAUAACAAACCAUUGGUCUACACUUUGGACUGCACAGAAACAGAUUGCUCUGUGGCGUUUGACUAUUCUGAGAUUGAGAGCUUGCCUUUAAUGCGGGAUGGGUUGGUCCCUGACGUAAAUCACACUGAUCGAAACAACACCCAUGAGAACCUUCCAGACCCCAGCUUGCUAACCUCUAAUUCCAACACUGAGUCCAUAUCCACCAACGAUCAGUCCCAUCAGUCUACCUCCACAAAUGAGCUGUCAGCGCCGAAGUCUACAAAUGAACGUGCCCCAUCUGUGGGCUCCUUCGUAACCACAGAAGAGGGGGACACAGAUAGCUGUGACACGGCUGAGGUUAGGCAGGUGGACAAAAAAGCUGUGCAGACGUAUAGCUCUAAACCUGCACAAGUCAAGACCAAGAAUGCAUCGAAAAUCUCCAAGAACAGCGGAAUGGGUCGCAGCGUUCGGGCACUGACUACAACUGAGACCCAGGGCAUGCGGAAGGUGGUGCCCAUCUCUAAACUCACUCGAAGCCUUAGCCACAUUAGGAGGCCAGAGAGACCCGCUAUAGGCCAUGAGGGCGCAGAGCUCAGACGGCCACUCCGCGACCAGAGUACCCCGGCUAGGGGGAGGAAUGAGAUGACUGGUAGGCCUGCCCGUCACUCCAGUCUGCCACCUGAUGAGACCAAAUCCCAGGGGAGCACUGGCCUCUCUAGCUGGGCACGGGAUCCAAUUCCGCGUAAGGCUUCCUUCCGCAAACCCAGCGCAAAACCCUUGAGGAACCUGCCCAAGCCUCAACCGGAGGAGAAGAUGUGUCGUUCAACCAUGAGAGCCCUGGCCGCCCAGGCUCAGGCCAAGGGUGUGGUUGGAGCACAAUCUGAGGCUAGCACUACUGAGACACCCGCCCUUGGCCCCAAAACCUCCUCAGCUGCCCUGCCUGGUUGGGCCCGGAACACUGUGGCUUCUUCCUCCAGGACCACCAGGAAAGAACUUGCCCCAACCCUUUCCAAUCCCACAACCCCCUCACGGAGCCCCUCAAUGUUUUCCCGGAACAGCUCCCAGAGACAAGCACCUACUAGGGCUCCAGUAGCCACCACAACCCCACCUCCUGCCACAGGAGGGCAGCACUCACCACGGGAGGAGACAAAGGCAAAAGGGGGUGGGCUGCAAAGGGUGCAGAGUGUCAGAGCUUCAAGCCGGGCAAGUACCCAACGCAGUGACACCCCACCACCACCACCUGCCCACGAACGCUCCCGCAAGAGCAGUAGUUUCUCAGAAAAGUCUGUCCAAUCAAGAGACACUAUUAUGUCCUGUAGGACCCAUAAACCCACCUGGAAGUAGAACUAAAAUACUGCAUAACAGUCCAAGAUUGGAGCCUGGAAGUGGAAGUGGUAGUGGGAAAAAAAAUGGAGUGGAAAAAAGAAAGGAAAGUUGUCCGCAACAUUUUGAAUUAUUUUUCCUUUAAGGCAAGAUUUCCCAACCCUCUCCUUGGACAUUCCUAGAUGUUUAACACUUUUGUUUUAAAUCAACUGGCACACCUGAUUCAAUUAGUUGACCAGUCAUCAAGCCUCAACCGUAAAAACAAAAGAUUGAAACGUCUGUGUAGACCAGAGGGGUUGUUUGAGAAACCUUGAUUUAAAAUAAAGGAUGUUGUCCAAAGCAUCGAAAACACCUUUACUUGCUUGGUGAAGCUACUCCAAAGACUUCUCACCUCAUCCAUAUCAACUCAUUGCACAGACCUCUUAUUAAUACUGAUUUUAUAAAUUGCUAAAAUACAAAAUGCACUGUAUUUCAGAAGUCUGUUGGUUGAGAGAGUAUUCUUUCAUGAGUCACAAUUGUUCUGACAUUCUUUAUGGGGAGAAACAACUGACAAAGGGCAAAAUACCCCUUUUUUCUGUGGAGCCUUUUAUUUUGCCUGUUUUGUGGUCUUAAAUUGUAUAUACUGUAUAAUUACAUCAAAAUAGACAAAUAAAUGGUAACACUUUGUUUUAGAGCUAAGUUUAAGCAUGUACUGUCCUGGUAUUUACCCAAUGUUAACUAUGAUGCUGUGUAAGUAAAAAUAGAUUACUUUCUUGAUCAUACCUCAAAAAAUUCUAACACAUUUGGGAAGAACUAUGUAGCAAAUUAUAUAAGAAACAGCUGUGUCAAUAAGCCCAUUCCUAUGCAAUUGUUUGGUAAUAACUGUUUACAAAUAGGUCACUAAGACAUUUCUAUAAAACUACCUGGUAAACAACAACUGUAAAAUGAAGUGUUACCUAAAAUACAUUACUGAACAUUUGAACGCUGCUAAUUAGCUUUAACAAUUUGGAGACUGAUUUAGUGUCUUCCUUCAGGGUACAAGCUUUGUCAGAUUCUGCCUUGCUGCUGUAGUGAUUGUGACUUUGAUUUGAAUGGUUUUGUUUCCUUUGCACUGCCAUACUGUACACAGUAGCCUACAGUCAACACUAAAUAUUGCUGUUUUUCUGAUGCUUCAGCCUGAGCUUCAGCCUUGGAACCGAUAGGGCACACUUGAAAUUAGCACAAAAAAAAACAUUUAACUGACAAAUGGGAAAAGACUUACCUGAGAUUGUCCAACAAGGAAAAACAAAAUUAAAUGUCAGUUGCAAAACAAUUUUCUAUUUUGUUCUAAUAAACUCAACACUGCUCUUGGUGGCAUUGUGCUCGCUAGCAUUCAGCUACUGAGUAAAGCUUCUUUCCUGCUCCACUGAAGUUACAGCUUGGUUACACUUGAUUUAGCAGUAGCCUUUUACCAGAGUGACUCAUCAAUUUGUCUCUAUGUGGCUAUAUUCAGUCCAACCAGGUAUCCAGAGUUCCAUUUAAAAUACAUUCUUAUUGAUGCACCACAGGACUGCCAAUUUGGACAAUACAAUAUGUGCAGUCAGAAACUAACAGAACUAUUUGAAUUCUAAUGUAUGUAUCAAGGAUAGUUAAUUGUUACUUUAGUAAAUACAGACAGUUAGUUAUCCAUCCUUUGGUAUUUAACACCACUGUAAACUUCUGCCUUUACCUCCUACAAUACAGUACAUGCUAAAUGUACUUUGUCAUGCAAUGUCUUUUUUAUGUACCUCUGGUACUUUUGUCAUAUGUAUUUAUGUAUCGAUAAUGUUUCUUAAUGCUUUCAAAAGAACCCCUCCAUUUUAGCUUGGAGUAGACGUGCACACAAAGGAAAUAAUUGUCCUGCUUCAUGCUAUAGCUAGAUUGAUGCUAAUGCUGUGAAAAAAAAGCAUUGAACAUGUAGCUCUUCAGACUGAAUUAACGUCUCCAUGUUUCGUCAAAAUCUUGUAAUGCUUGAUUUUUCUACUGUGAAUGUCAUCAUGGUCUCCUGAUUUUUCAGUACAACUUGACAUUGUAUAUUUGUGGUCUUUGACCACCAACAGUCGUAAUUUAUGUGAUACUGUAGAGACUUUUCAGCCUUGCCAUUGCUGUUCACUAGCCUGUUCUCAGGUCAGUUUGUGCCCUCUUGCUAAAUCUGAUCGUCAAGUCAGCACACACCGAUAUGAAACCGGCCAGCAAGUCACACCAUUUGCCUUUCAAACUGCUUUGUGCCAUUGACUUGAAACAAGAACAAUAGUGCAUUAACUUAAAGCUUGAUGUAGCAGACUAUAGCUGUCCUAUUAUCAGUAACGUGUCCUGAAUUUGUACAUAAGUAUAGAAAGCCUCCCUACAUUUUAUUGCACCUGCUGAAAUUAGACCAGAUUCCACUCUGUAUAUACUGUAAAGACAUAUUUUUGAUUAUACAUAGCUCUCAAUGUUUACAUGUAGCAAACUGUUUAUGGAUGCUUGGAAGAAGUGUAAGGAAAAGUCUCAUGACUAGAGUUAAUGGUGAAGGUUGUUCCCAAAAAAAA